GCGCUCUCGGAAGCGCCCGGAGGAGGGUCUCGGGGUCCGGCUGGUCGCUGCCCGCGGGCCGUCCGAAGACUGGGCUCAUCCGGUGCGACAGCCCUGCCCCGCCCGGGGGGAGGGGCCGGGCCGGCCCGGGACCCAGAGGCCGCCGCCGCGCACCCGGAGAGGCUGCACCGCCGCCCCUCCCGUCCCCUCUCCGGCCUCCCGGGACCCGCAGCGACCCCAGCCCCCCCCCCCUCCACCCCCGGGCCCUCCUCUGGACGCCUCCGUGUCCCCCGCGUCGGGCCUCCCUGGGUCCCGGCGCCCCGUCCUCCUGCCCACCGCUCCCACCUCGCGCAGGGCUCCCCGGGCCUCUCCCGGCCCCCGACCCCCUGCCCCGGGUCCCCGGAGCCGCCGCGGUCGGGCCCCCCGAGCCCCGCGGACAUGCUCGGGCUGCUCGCGCUGCUGCUCCCGCUGCUGCCGCCGCCCGCGCGCGCCCAGGAGCCCUCCGCGCAGGACGUGAGCCUGGGAGUGGACUGGCUGACCCGCUACGGCUACCUGCCACCACCCCACCCUGCCCAAGCACAGCUGCAGAGCCCUGCGAAGCUGAGGGAUGCUAUCAAGGUCAUGCAGAGGUUUGCCGGGCUGCCUGAGACAGGCCUCCUGGACCCGGUGACCAUGGCCACCAUGCACAGGCCCCGCUGCUCCCUGCCUGAUGUGCUGGGGGCGGCAGAGCUGGUGAGACGUCGUCGCCGUCGCCGGCGCUACGCCCUGAGCGGCAGCGUGUGGAAGAAGCGAACGCUGACGUGGAGGGUGCACUCCUUCCCCCAGAGCUCGGCACUGAGCCAGGAGAUGGUGAGGACCCUCAUGCACCACGCCUUGACUACCUGGGGCGUCGAGUCAGGCCUCAAAUUCCAGGAGGUGGGCUUUCAGAGCCCGACGGAGCCCGACAUCGUCAUUGACUUUGCCCGGGCGUACCACCAGGACAGUUACCCCUUCGACGGGCAGGGAGGGACCCUAGCCCACGCCUUCUUCCCCGGGGAACACGCCAUCUCUGGGGACACGCACUUCGACGACGAGGAGAUCUGGACUUACGGGUCAAAAGAUGGUGAGGGGACGGACCUGUUUGCUGUGGCUGUUCAUGAGUUUGGCCACGCCUUGGGCCUGGGCCACUCCUCGGCACCCGACUCAAUCAUGAGGCCCUUUUACCAGGGCCCGGUGGGCGACCCCCACAAGUACCACCUGUCCCAGGACGACCGGGAAGGCCUACAGCAGCUCUAUGGGAAGGUGCCCCAGACCCCGUACGAUAAGCCCACAAGGAAACCCUUGGCUCCUCCUCCCCCACCCCCUACCCUGCCCCCAGACAGCCCCUCUCUCCCCACCCCUGACCGAUGUGAAGGCAAUUUUGAUGCUAUCGCUAAUAUCCGUGGUGAAACCUUUUUCUUCAAAGGCCCCUGGUUCUGGCGCGUUCAACCCUCGGGACAGCUGGUGUCGCCCCGGCCCGCCAGGCUCCACCGCUUCUGGGAGGGGCUGCCCGCCGGGGUGAAGGUCAUCCAGGCCGCCUACGCCCGGCCCCGGGACCGCGGCAUCCUCCUCUUCAGCGGCCCCCAGUUCUGGGUGUUCCAGGAGCGGCAGCUAGAGGGCGCCCCGCGGCCGCUCACGGAGCUGGGGCUGCCGGCCGGAGAGCAGGUGGACGCCGUGUUCUCGUGGCCGCUCAACGGGAAGACCUACCUGAUCCGGGGCGGGCGCUACUGGCGGUACGACGAGGCGGCCGCGCGCCCGGACCCCGGCUACCCCCGCGACCUGAGCCUUUGGGAAGGGGCGCCUGACGCCCCCGACGAUGUCACCGUCAGCAACGCAGGUGACACCUACUUCUUCAAGGGCGCCCACUACUGGCGCUUUCCCAAGGGCAGCGUCAAGGCGGAGUCCGACUCCCCCCAACCCAUGGGCCCCAAGUGGCUGGACUGCCCGGCCCCCAGCGCCGGCCCACGCUUCCCCAGGCCCCCCAAAGCCACCCGGGAGCCCGGAGCCUGCAAUUGUCAGUGCGAGAUCAAUCAGGCCUCAGGGCGGCCGUCGCUGUCCUUCCUGCUGUCCCUUCUACCCCCGCUGGUGGGGGGCGUCGCCUUCAGCUGAGGGGGACGGUCCCGGGGCGGGGCUCAUGCGGGUGGAGCUUCGCCCUGGGGACGCGGACAAAUGGCUAGCCCUUAGACUGGAGGGGCCAUGUGCUCACCCUCGCCGUUCCAGCACCCCCCCUCUCCCCCUCCCCUCCCCCAGCCCCACCCCCACCCCCACCUUUGUCCUGGCUGCGCCACGCGCUGCCCCUACAGGAAGCUCUUUUUCCCGGAAGAGCUGGUGCUUCUCAGCAGCCUGUGACUAUAGCCCUGGCCCCACCUGGCAACAGCAGCUCCUCAUAGCGGCUCCCUGGCUGUUUGGGGCUUUGGAGGACUGGACAGAUUGGGGCCACUGAACCCCAGCUCCUCUCUCCACCCGCUGCUCCGAAUUUCCCAGAGGUGUCCCACUGUCCUGCUUCUGCAACGUCCCAGGCAAUGCCACGUGGAUGGGGACCCCAGACCCAGCCCUCAAGUUACCCCUGAGCGCGAGUGUCCCAUAUCCUGGGUGACAUCAGUGCCCCGCGUCCUAGGUGACAUCAGUGGCCACCCAGACGACCCUCCACAACCGAGGCCCCUGUGGACCUCCUUUCUGGUCACCAUCUUGGACCCAGAACAGUCCCGGUUCAACAGAACACCCUCCAAUCCCUAAAAAUCCGCUCAGUCCCUCCACACUGGAGUGUGUACCGCUUCCCGCAGGGAGAACUCUUGGGUUCUCCGCGGCUCAGUGCUGUGAAGACAGUGGACUGAGUUCCCUCUCCACCCGGGGGUCACUGCUUCCUCAGCACCCCUGGGUGAUGAGUGGGAGGGCCACCUCAUUCACCUCCCACUCCUCCCCGAAUUCAGGACCUACAUCAGUGCCUCUGGAACUGCACUUUUGGAAUCUUCCACAUCAGAAUCACUUAGGGAACUUAAAAAUGCGGAUCCCAUGCCCUCGCCCUGAAUCACUUGGGGGUUGGGGCCAGGAGUCUGCACUCGAGUAAGCUUGGGGGGGGGGCAGCCCUGAUGGGCGAGGGGCCCGGGACGACAGCUGUCAUCUCUGUCUUGUGGUUUUUCUGUGUCUCUGAAGUGUUCUCCCUCCCAGGGACCAACCUGAGCACAUUCUCUGCAGAAUCAGGUCGAUGGCCUUGCUCGAGUAGGAUCUAUCCCCUUUGGGUGGAGCCGCUUAGGGGCCACUUCCUGGGUUGCCGUCCGCCCACAGUGCUGCCUGGGGCUGAGGCUGCGGGCCGCUGUCCCAGCGUGCAGAGCCCUCCCUCGGUCAGGACAAGCUGACCAGUCGGAGGGCAACAGCCAGGUGUCUUCAGCCAACCCAUGACCUGAGAAUUCCAAGCCACCAGAAAACCCGAAACCCGGGCCUCUGUCAGGAUCCUUUCAAAACACAUGGAGGAGGAGACUUAUAUUUUAAAAGCUUAUGAGCCCCACACAGGAGGACAAUGCAGGUGACCCGAGAGAAAGCCCUUCGUUUCUCCUGAGCACAGAUGGCUCCGGGGACAUAUCUGAUGAGAGGCUCGUAUCCAGAAUAUAUAAAAUACUCUGACAACUUAAUAAGCAGAAGGUAAAUGACCCAAUUUAGAAACGGGCAAAGGAUCAGAAUGCACAUCCCUCCAAGGACAACGUACAAGUGGCCGACAAGCCCACGAAAAGAUGCUCCACGUCACUAGUCAUAAGGGGAAUGAAAAUCAAAACCACACGGGGAUACUAUUUCACACCCACCAGGGCGGCUAGAAUCAAAAACCUCAUAGUCGGCGUGGGCGAGGAUGUGCAGAAACGGACCAUCACGCGCUGCUGCUGGGGAUAGAAAAGGGCGCAGUAACUUUGGAAGAUCGUCUGGUGGUUCCUCAAAAAGUGGAAAACAUAGUCAGUUACCAUAGGAGCCAACAAUUCCCCUCCUAGGUGUGAACCCAAGAGACCUAAAAACAGACAUCCGCACAGAAACUUGUACACGGGUGUCCACAGCAGCGUGAUUCGUAAUAGCCAAAAGGUGGAAACAACCCGAAUGUCCAUGGACAGACGAGUGGAUACGGGAAGUGGCACGUUCCUACAGCGGAGCGUUCUUUAGCCCUCGAAAAGACUGAAGCGCGGGUUCGUGCUACAACCCCGAGGAAUUGAAAGCCCCGUGCUAAGUGCAAAAGGUGGCCACAUAAGGUCACACAGCGUGACCAUCUCUAUGUGAUUCCAUGUAUAUGAAACAUCCAGACCAGGGAACUCCAGAGACAGAUAGUAGAUGCGUGGGUGUCUGGGCGGGGCUUUGGGAUCGUGGCGCGGGGGGGGGGGGGGGGGGGGGAGGUGCUGGCUCGCCUUUCUGAGGCAACGAAAAUGUUCUGAAAUUGGCCUUGACGGGUGCACGUUUCCGUGCGUUGAAUUAUACGCUUCAGUGGGGGAGUUGCGUGUGAAUUGUUUCUCGCCAAAGCUGUAUAGAAAAUGGUGCAGCCUGCCGUGAUGCAAAAUGCUUGCAGACGGUGGUCUGCGAGACUGUCACGGAGGGGCCAAGCGUCUCGUGGGGUCAGGGGGCCGUGCUUCCCGAGAAAGAAGCCCAGGACUGUUACCUGCAGCCGCAACCUUUUCUCUCCCCACCUGGAAUUUAAAGAUGGCUCAGGGAAGGAUCUGGACUCCGAGGUGUGCCCGGGGCGUUUCAGACCGUUGAUGGGCUCCUAAGGGGCCAGGAGACACCUGCUGGGGUCUAGUCAAUGCAAGUGAGACUUGCGCCAAGGAAAUAUGCUUUACAGUUCUGUCCUUCUGGGGGCCCCUCAGGAGCCCAGGUCCUCGUGUUCAAGUCCUAAUCCCCAGGACCUCAGACGGUGACCUUAUUUGGAGAUAGGAUCUUUGUAGAGGGAAUCAAGAGCCUGCGAGUGCCCCGAUCUGCUUUCACCAGUCUGGACUUUCCCUCUGUCUUUCCCUGUCUCGGGCCGGCCACAGCCCCCAGAGCCCUGCGCCACCAUGUGGUCCUCCAAGGUGAGUGAGAGCAAUUGGAGGGGUGGGGGGGGCCCCCCCAGAUUCCACUUCCCCACUGUGUGUCCCCCUCUCCCGCUCGCGCUGGCCCCCAGACCCCCUGAUCUCUCCGCGUGCACCUGGCUCUGUCCCAGUCUCCUAGGCCAAUGGGGGAGUCCACUGGGGAAGCAGGGGGUCAGAGGCAUGUGACCCGUGCACUCAACAGGGCCCCAGGCUCAUAACCACCCCCGGCUUACUUUGUUGAAUGCUCUCUCACUGUCUGAAAUUCUGAAUAAUUAUUGACAGCCUCACCGUUUCA